UAGAAUUGAUGUCAUACAGGUGAAUUUGAUUAAUGUAAACGUAGAACCUAAGUAUUUGAGUUUCACAUGAAAGCAAUCCUCCUGUAGGAAAUGGUGAAGUGAAAGGUCUCAAAUGUGAUUAUUUAAUCAUGAGAAGUGUGACUUAGGUGGUACUUGUCCUUAGCUCUGAAUAUAUCACGUAAAGUGAUGAUGUCAGAAUGAUUGACGGAAGAUAGAGCCAGCACCUGGAAGAAAGUUGCACUCAUCAGUGGAGUAAAUAGCAAAUCAGAUUGAGAUCUACUAUCUUCAUAACCACUAUAUGCUGGUCAUCCUGUUCACAAAUCACAUUGUGUGGCUCAGCUGUUAAAAAUAUUUUAAGCAGUAUUUUACAGCCUUUGUAGGUCUUUCCUUUCAUUCAAUGUUUUGAAUGCUACUAGUGUUGCUUGUUGCUUCCCUAGUAGCAAUGCUUUGUAGAGAAUGGACUACUCUUGCUAUUUUUAGUCAUGGCAGAGACUCCAUGUCACUGCUAUUUGUCUCCUAUCCCGUAAUUCUGAAAGGAGAUAACAGUUCAAAUUGAGUUAAUCAGUGAUGUGUAUCUUCAUUUCUGAGUGAAUGCCCUUUCUGAUUUCCUAACACGCUGUAUAAAGUUCUCCUGCACUGUGAAAAGACAGCUUGCAUCUCUGCUUGAGAAAAGUAUCACAGGGUUAUAAGCAUGAGCAGAAAUAGGGAAAGAGUCAUUGAAGUCGUAGAAAAUUGUUUUUCAGAGAAUGAAAAGACUUCCCCAGAAGAUCUGCUGUUUUCCUAUGACAGUAUUCUGUAUCCUGCUGUAUUUAGCAGCCCAGAAACUUUGGAAGCUCUGAAAUCCUUUGAAACCAGGAGCGAUGAUGUGAUUCUAGCAGGCUACCCUAAAACAGGAACCAACUGGCUUGAACAAAUGGUGAGAGAGAUGGAAUCAACAGAUGCUAAAUAUACAGAAGAAGAAAUGAAAGAGAGAAUAAAUGCUGAAAAGGAGCUACAGAUGUUUCCACGUCUAGAGUUUGGAGAUCCUGGAGUAUUUGAGAGGAUGAAGAAACUGCCUUCCCGAAGAAUCAUACUAACCCAUCUGCCACCUCAUCUCCUGCCCCCAUCUCUUCUCCAAGGGAAGGCUAAGAUCCUUCUGCUGGUUCGGAAUCCCAAAGACACGGCUGUCUCCUAUUACCACUUUUACAACAACAUGCCAGUGCUGCCCUCCUUUGCCACCUGGGAUGAAUACUUUGCAGCUUUCAUGAAUGGGAAAUUGGCUUGGGGGUCCUACUUUGACCACUUAAUGGAAUGGAACCGAUACAUCGAUCAUGAGAGGAUGAUGAUGAUUAGCUAUGAGGAACUGAAAGAGAACCCGGUACUGGGAAUGAAGAAGAUCGCUGCUUUCUUUGGAUUCUCCCUGAGUGAGGAAGAGUUUUCCAGAAUUGCCAAGAAGACCAGUUUCCAAGCUAUGAAAGAGAAAUCCAAGGAAACCCAUGGUAAAUUUGGGGACAUCCUCUUCCGUAAAGGGGUUGUUGGAAGCUGGAGAGGCCUCUUCUCUGAAGUUCAGAAUGAAGAAAUGGACCAAAAAUUUGAAGAAUGCAUAGGGGGAACAAUUGUGGCAAUGAAGAUUAAAUACAAUGUAUACUGCAAGACCUGAAAAUGAGCAGAGGAUCAGUACUGCAGCAAGUUGUUCCCCAAAGAUAAUUCACCAAUAAGCACCUCUAAGUGUUUGGGCUACGAUUCUUAGACGUGUGCUGGGCCUGGGGCCUUGCUUGAUGUAACCAAAUAAAAUGUUUGCAUUCAUUCACCAAGCACAUGACAUCCUUCCAGAACAGAGAUGGAGCACAGGCUUCGUAAGACCUAAGAUGGUGUCCUUGUGGCUGCAUCAUGUCCUGAAACAGAAAGCACAUGUUGCCUCUGGAAGUAUGCCUGUGUUUUGGGCUGCAGGCAGAAAGAUUGUCUAACACCAUAAGGCUAUGGCCACAGGCAAGGGCCCAAGAGGUGAUUCCGCAUGGUACAGGCUCUCUGUCAUCUUGACUUUCAAAACCCAUACGCUCUCUCUUGCAUCUCAGCUGAGUUCAUACUGAAAUACCUGGUAGGCCUGAAAUCCUUUGCUGAUCAGCAGCAUCUCUGCCCUUACUGCUCACCAUGUCAAAAGGAGUUACCUGCCUUUUCUCACUCAGACUUCUCUUACAUACAAGGGCCAAUCCUGAAAAUCUGUCCCUUGCUUAUCUCUUAACAUCCCUUCUUCACAUGACUCUGCCUGAUACACUGCCCUAGGGAAUGUAAAUCAUGUGAUGUGAAGGUUCUACAGAACUGUAACGCCCCUUUUUAGUUCAUUGAGACAGCCUCUGCAUAAGGAUAUGAGUGCUGGAAUGAAUUAUAUUGUUAGAUGAGGCGUGAGGAAGGUGGCAGGUAUCAAAGGGAAGCUUUGAAAAGAAGGGAGAAUUAUAACCCUGAAUUGAAAUUCUAUAUUUGCAGUUGUAGUGCAGCAAAGUAAUUACCUUGAACAAACAUUUGCAAUUGUUGUUGGAGGGACAACAGAGCCUCCUGGAUA